AGGUAUCAGUGACCGGACGCUUGUUCGGCAGACCCUGGGUCUCCUAGCGUAGAAGGCCAUGGUCAUAUCAGGGCUGCUACCUCGGAGAACAGCAUCGUUGAGCCUGCUGCUUGCUCUCCUCUCUCUUUCUCUCGACGACAGCUCCUCCUACACACCUGCGUGUCUAGACAACAACGAUUGCAACCUGCCCAGGAACUGCUUCACCUGUGAUCCUGCUGAGUUUGAAAUCUACUCCAAUGGGUACGGCGGAUUUCCACUGUCCGCAAAGUGCAGCUCCAUCGUCAGCAACUGCCUGUACUGCUGGAAGGGACUGGAGCAGGUGGUUCUCGGGGAUGGAUGGAGCAGCACGUUCCAGUACCGAUCUUGCGUGCCAUGGCCGACAGCGGUGGCUUGUAACUCCGACACUUGCCCGAGCGAGUAUGCUUACUAUAAGGUGGACCAUUGUAUCACCAAGACGAUGCAGAAGACAGCAUCGGCUUGCUCGAUCGGGGGAUGGUGCUCGAAGACAGUUACAGAUUGUGUUUGCUCCGGUGAAAAGUGCAACCUGGGGACGAGAAUGAUGCAGCACAAUCUUGUGACCGUCCUGCUGACAACGAGCUUUGUAGCCCUUGUUGUCCGCAAGUGCUUUCAAGGAUGAUGGAGUGGAGGAUGAGAUGGGGAAAUGAGAAAGACUGACCAGCACCUUUGUAGAUUUACAAGCACUUGAAACACAA